UAGCGCCGAGACGUGCAUAUUUUUGUUCAUCAUCAACACCUGAGAUUCUCGUGAUAAAAGACGUUGAUCAUGUUUCCUGCACAAUCAUGCACGAUUCUCAUCAUUUUGGUGUGUAUGUGUUCAGUAGUGCCAUCUCAAACGUAUAAUGAUAUUAAUAAGUAUCAUGACAGAAACAAACCGAUUGCACAACAAAGAGGCAAUAUCACACAGGGCACCCAGACUGCUUCGAAUGUUCUGCCAAGUUCCUCCAGGUUAAAGUACGAAGGAGAUGGAGACGCUAAGGAUCAACAGCCUUUUGUUCCUCAGUCUUUUGAUCAAAACGAUCCCUCUCAAGGUUCACAUGCUUCGUCUGCAGAACCGAUUGUGUUGGCGGGAAUGUUGCAAUCAGUUUUGCAGAAUCCCCAGUUGAUUCCCAUGCUUAUGACCGCCAUGGAAAACCAGCAAGGAGAUGGUAUGCAGAGUGUCUUGAAGACUAUUAUAAGCAAAGGUUCGGGUGGUCAAGAGACGCCAUUGCUGUCGACGUUGGAGGAGGUGUUGCCAAUGGUGCAGUAUUUCCUGAGUCUAGAGGGUCUUGAGAGCGAGGACCGAUGUACAGCUGACGUCAGCGCCUAUCUCCAGGGCGUGGGACAGGGUCAGAUGUGGGCCUUGCAAAUGCUUGAUGCCUCAGGAAAACCAGGAAGGAGUAUUCUACAAGGAGCUAUCAAAUUCCUUGGCAACUACGACCAAUGUCUGGAUGUGUCACACACACUGACCAAUGAGAGGACGGGACAAAGUCGUGUGAUAAAUGGAGGUUACUGUCAUUUUAAAUUCACUCUUCCUGCGGCCAUAACCAAUCUUACCAACGGCGAUGACCCACUGCCGAUCGACCCAUACCACAAUUACAUACAAUGGGACCUCUGUUUACCAAAUUCCUGCAAUGAUAGUCAAGUGACGGAGGCAGCUUCAAGAUUACCUCUGAACGCUACUGGAUCUUCUCUGAUGUCGGCCUAUUUUUCCAAGUUAACGGACUGGAAGGAAGACCCAAGCGCAGUGGCAACAGUGGUUGUGUUAUGUUUCAUCGUCGCGUUAUCUCUUGUGGGGACCCUGUAUGAUAUCAUCAGCGCUGAAAUAGACAGGUACAGACGUGAACGCCACAAUGACAACACCGACGGUGACGGUGAAUCUGAGGCUUGCGCCUACAACAACGACGUCUUCGUGAAAGAUGACGACGGCCUACCAUGUAAAAACGUUAGCUGCACCGCAGAACGUCCUGGGUUACAACGGUUAGAAAAUCAAGAGGACAAACAUCAAAGCGAAGGUUUUGGGCGUCAAUUCCUCCUGUCGUUCUCAAUCAGCAGGAACACUGAGAAGAUCCUCAGUACCAGGACGGGGGAUGGAAACCUGGGCUGUAUCCAUGGCAUCCGGGUACUCAGUAUGGCCUGGGUCAUCCUCGGGCAUGCUGUUUCUUGGGAUGGACUUAUGAGCUAUGAGAACGUAACAGAUUAUGCUGAAUGGUCGAGAAGAUUCACCAUGCAGUUUAUCGUCAGUGCUUCAGUCGCAGUGGAUACAUUCUUUCUGCUCAGCGGCUGCUUGUUGACCUUCUUGUUCCUGAGAGAAUGUGACAAGUCCGCCAGAGGGAAGCCUACAGCCACACAGAUGGUCAUCUACUACAUCCACAGAUGGUGGAGACUGACCCCUGUGUAUAUGAUAAUCAUCAUGGUAUACUCGGGUUUGCUGGACCACCUCAUAGACGGACCGCUGGCUGAGUCAAAAAAACUCAUUGACAAGGACCAUUGUCGGGACAACUGGUGGGCCAAUAUGCUGUACAUCAACAAUUUGUAUAAGAUCGACGAAAUGUGUCUUCCAGCUUCCUGGUUCUUGGCAAAUGAUAUGCAGUUUUACGUUGUGGCGCCACUGGCUUUACUGCCACUUGCUUUCGGCUUUGCCAGGAUUGGUUAUUGUGUGAUAUCAGGAUUCAUUGCUAUACAUAUUAUAUCAUACGGAUAUCUGGAAUGGCAAACUGGAGGCAGCUCUUUACUUUGGUAA